GUUGCGUUGUCGCGGAAGGAUAUACUAGUUGCCCCAUUUUGCUUAUCGGAGCUGUUACCUGUUACCAAUUACCAAAAUGAAGCAUCAGCAAGUUGUUGUUGACUACUGGACCAUGCUGAAGACAUCGGCAUUGUGUCUGAUAUUGGCUGUAACGGGUUUUAUAUUUCUCAGAAUGGUGCAAACGAUCUUUUGGUUGCCCAAACGUUUUAAUCAGAACCAGGAACGAUUGGAAGCCUUGGCCAAGCAAUAUAGCGAACAAAUGGAUCCGGAGGAGCGAGCUGAAAUCGAAAAGCUUUUCAACAGCAAGGAACCCCUAACAGAGGCGCAAAUUAAUAAGUUGCUGGAUGGUUCCAAAUCGGAGAUCGAAGAGCCCAAAAAAGAACAGUAGACACUAAGUAUUUAAUACACAAAAGAAUGCCCAUG